CCUGGCACCACCAUUGCUCCAUCCAUCACAGCUUCACUUAACACCACUACACCAUCAACAGCUCACCACCCCCCACUGCUCUUCUGUCCUGCAAUGGCUGCUCCACGCCUCGCCCUGGUGGUCGCGACGACGGUGGCGGUCCUGGCGGCGCUGCUGCUGGCGUCCUCGGAGCCGGCAUCGGCGGCGGUGAGCUGCAGCGACGUGACAUCCUCGGUGGCGCCGUGCCUCGGGUACGCGAUGGGCACCACGGCGUUCCCCUCCCCGGCGUGCUGCACCGGGGUGCGCUCGCUCAACAGCCGCGCGUCGUCGACGGCCGACCGCCAGGCCACCUGCGCCUGCCUCAAGAGCAUGACGAGCAGGCUCGGCGGCGGCGGCGGCGUCAGCAUGGGUAACGCCGCCAGCAUCCCCUCCAAGUGCGGCGUCUCCGUCGGCGUGCCCAUUAGUCCCAACGUCGACUGCUCCAAGAUCAACUGAUGAUCGAUCAUAAGGACAUGCAUGAGGCAUGCUCGUUGGAUGGCGAUCAGCAUGCAGUCGUCGUUGUUUUACCAGAUGUCGUCCAUGACUCCCUCCAUGGAUGAUGCAUGCAAUGAGAUAGAUACAUAAAUUAAGGAGUAGAUCAUGCAUGCACCGUACCUGUUAGUGAUCACUCCGUUUAAUUAGUAUUUACUGUUUACUACCUUGAGUUUACACCAACUCUGUCGUCGCUGUGGCUGUCGUCGUGUACCUCGAUCGUACGUGUGUGUGUGUGUAGCAGGCUAGCAAAGCAGCACUCAACGUCGUCCUUGGGGGUUUGCUUGCCUUUAACCUUGUUGCUUUAGCACACAGGUUUCCUGAAUAAUGAAUACUACUAGCUUUUGUGUCCAUUAUAUAUUGUACUGUAUGCAUGAUGUUUUC